GAAACACUUCACAGCUCAGACGUUAGAGCAGGCGUCUAUCCAACUAUCCCCGCCCAACCGUACGACGCGAAAGGAGAGUGUCAUCCCAUUGCGCAAUAGUUAACAAGUCUGUUUGAAGAGGAAAAGCGGCUGCUAUCACUGCAAGCGAAUUGGCCAUGCUGAUGCAGUGCUACGGUCGAAGGAGCCCCGUAUGGCCUUGUUAGUGUAAGCACACGCGGUCGUGACGUUUCCCAUUAGGAUGAAAGCCACUUAACAUUAAUACCGAUAUGCUUAGGUUACCGACUUGUUGCUGACCAGCUAGAGAGCUAUGGCGACAGGGGUUGAAACUGUCAGCCCCAAAACUGAAACAAUGGAGGAUUUCGAUACUUCUCAGUUGGAGCUUAUAACACCACAUGUUACUACACAGCUCCAGGUCUUCAACAGCCAGGUUGUCGCCCAUCUUAAAAACUACAAGCCGGAGGUAACCCGGAUAUAUGGGCGGAUCGGGGACCUUGUGGAGCAAGAUGAGCGGCUGGAGGGGCAGCUGAAGGGACUGGAGGCCACUGUGUCCUCCAAUCACGCGCGCGCCGAGGGGCAGCACAGCGCGCUGUCGGACAGGCUGGCCAAGGUGGAGCAGAUUCUGUCCGCGCUGCCCAGCUGGAAGGAGGACCUGGUGAACCGCAUCGACAACCUAGCCCGGGAGACGCGCGCCAAGCACGAGGCCGCCGCCUCCCGGACCACCCUGCUGGAGGACCUCGUCAACGGAUACAUAGAGGCCUCCCGCGAGCGUCUGGACAUGCUCACCACGCUUGCCCGCACAGCCAGCGAGGCGCGCGCGCAGCAGCAGGAGCGGCUGGACGAGCUGGAUGUGGGGCUGCGGCGGCUGCGGGAGACCACGGAGAAGGAGCUCAUGGACCACCGGCUGCACCUGAGGCGCCACGACGAGCAGCACGUGCUGUCCACCUCCAAGCUGGCGGAGCAGGGCGGGCUGCUGGGCUCUCACACGCUGGACCUGGCGCGGCUGCGGGACAGCUCCGACCAGCACUCGCGGCAGCUAGAGAACCUGGCGAGGGGGGCGGACAGGCUGCACGACAUCGCGAUGGGGAUGGGGCAGGAGAUUGACCUGGUUAAGCGCGGCAUGGCCAGCACCGACAACACGGUGGCGGUGCUGGAAGCCAAGCUGGCCAGCAUGGACAGCGAGAUGGGCGCGCGGCUCAAGGCGCUGGAGACGCACCGAAACCAGCUGUUUGAGUUCCGCAAGGAGACGCUGGCGGCACUGGAGCGGAUCGACAAGGAGUACGAGACACUGACGGACAGGGUGCAGAUGCUGGACGCCAAGGUGGACGCGGGCCCGCCGGGUCUGUGGAAGAUGGCGGCGCAGGUGUCGGCGCACGAGGAUGAGCUUGCGGCGCACCGCACCGCGCUGUCUGCCGGCAAGGCCACCAGCGACGAGCUGGGGCGGCGGCUGGACGACGUGCUGAGCGGGCUGAGCCACCAGCGGGACGUGGCGGCGCAGCUGCGGGAGGAGUGCCGUAUGCUGUCGGACCGGGUGACUUCUGAGGCCAGUCGCGCGCAGCAGUACGUGGACGAUCGGCUGGACCCGCUGGCGCGGCGCUACGAGGUGGAGGCGCUGCGGCGGCAGCUGGACUCGGGGCUGGAGCGGCUGGAGGCGGCGCUGGCUGGCAGCGGGGAGCGACUCAAGUUUGAGCUGCUGCAUGACGAGGUGGCGCAGGUUGACUCUGUCCGCAGCUACAUGGCGGAGGUGGAGCGGCGCAACGCGGGGCUGAGCGAGCGGCUGGCGGCGCUGGAAGCGGGGCUGGCGGGGGAGGCGGAGCGGGGCAGGAGCGUGGCGGCAGUGACACGGGAGCUGAGGGGGACCAUGGACGGACUGCUGUCCACCAGCCAGGCCGACCUGGCCCGGCUGCGCGCCACCAUGAGCAGCCUGCACGAGGAGUACCAGGAGAUGUCCAAGAAGGCGCGCAGGGCGGGGCUGCUCACGGUGUCGCAGGUUGAGGACAUGAUCGAGGUGCGGCUCAACGGGCCCGUCAUGGACGCCAUCAUAUCUAGGAAGCUCUCCCAGCUUCAAACGCCCUUCGCACUCGCCGCCGCCGCCAGCGGUGGCCACCCCGGCUCCCAGUCCCUCCGCUCGUUGCCCUCGGGGGUGGUGCGCUACAACCCCACCUCGCCCGCACCCCGCGGCGGCGCGCCCUCGCCCUCCUGGCAGCCCGUCAGCCAGCUCACGCGGCAAGCCUCCAUGGCGCGAAGUGCCUCGCUGGGACCGGGGGUGCCGCCGGGCGGGGAGGACGAUGCGGAGGCAGGGGAGACGGGGGUGCCGGGGGUGCCUGCAGCAGCGGCGCAGGCAGCGGUGGGAGCUGCAGGGGCGGCGGGCGGGGCUCCAGGGGGCGCCGCUGCGGGUGCGGGUGCUGCGGACCCGGCGCUGGGGUUGCGGCUGGUGGCUGUGGAGGCGGACCUGUCGCGACUGUUCGAGGCGUUUAGGGCGCUGGGGCAGCGGGUGGCCUCCUCCAACUCGGUAGCAGACCUGCGGGACGAGAUGCGGGACCUGGCGGCCGCCGUGUCGCACAUCCAGGUGGGCCAGGGUAUCCUGGGCGAGGCGGGCGAGGAGGCGGUCCGCCGCCACAUGCACGCCACGCUGCUGCCCGACCUGCUGCGCAAGCAGGCGCACGACAGCAAGCGCAUCAUGGGCUGGAUGGACGAGCAGCUCUCGGAGGUGUCACGCGACAUAUCCGCGCUGCGCCGCACCCAGGAGCAGCUGCAACAGAAGCUGCUGAUGGGGGCUGGGGGCGGGGGCGGGGGAGACGGGCGGAGCAGCCCCAGCAAUGGCAACAGACAUCGAGGAGGUGCCAGCCGGCCCGCCUCCGCUUCGGCUGCGGUGGCUGUGGGGCCGCUAGGGAUGGAGGAUGGCGAGGGGGCUGACGGCGGAGGUGACACGACAGUGCUGGCGGAGCGGGUGCAGGAGCUGGCGGAGCAGCUGGCGGCGCUGACGGAGACGUUGGGUCUGCCGUUGACGAGGAAAGCCUACACCGCAUUCCGUGGCAGCCGGGCGAAUAGCACCAGCGGGCGUGUGACCUGGUCUAACGGUCCCGAGCUCCCCACUGGCGCCCAGUCACAAGAGGGCGGACAGGACGCGGCGGCGGCAGCGGGAGGUUGUACGACAACAGGCGGUGACGCAACGGAUAUAGACGGUCUUAGCUUCAACCUGCCGCCGCUCGUACAGCGGUUACAGCAGCUGGAGGCUGCCGUACAUUCCAUCGCUGCAGGCCAGCAGGCGCUGGCGGCGGCGGCAGCAGCAACACAUGACGUGGACGGCGUCGCCGCCAGCGCUGACGGGAAAGCAAAGGACGCAGCUUCGGAGGCAGCCGGAUCAAACGGAUCGAAAACGGUGACGGUGCGAACAUCGCCCGCGGCGUCGCACUCCUCGCCCGUCGCGGCGGCGAUGGCGGUGCAGGGGCUGGUGGACGCCGCCGUCGCGGACGUCCGGCUGAGGUUGAAGCUCCUGGAGAACGAAAUGCCCAUGCUGGCCCGCAACUUUGAGUUGAAAGCGCUGCGGAGACGACUGCAGGACGUGGCGUCGGUGGCGGCGGUGGCCUCCGCCACGGCGACGGCGGCGGCGGCGUCAGCCGCGUCGGCGCCGAUGGCGGCGGGUCGCCGCGUGCAGUACGAGUCGCCGAAUGUGUCCUCUCCCGGCGCUAUCAUAGCUUCAACGCUGACGGCGGCGGCUGAGGCGGCCAGGGCGGAGGUGCUGCCGCCACGGUCCCGAGCAAACGGCAGUAGCAGCGGCCGAUUGGGGUCCGCCGGCUCCUCGGCGGGUGCUGUCAUCACGGACCCAAACAUCAUCAAGCGAUUAGCCUCCCUGGAGUUGGCGUUAGCGACCCUGGACGAGCGCGGCCGGGCGCUGGAGGAGCGCUGGUCUGCUCGGGACGCCAAGUGGGGCACCUCCAUGACCGACUCGCAGGGCGCCCUGCCGCGCCUGCAGAGCACCGUGGCCCAACUUGCCAAGGAGGUACAGCGACUGGCGGCGGGCGGCGCAGCAGGCAGCGGACAGGCCGGCUGGGCGCGCGGCGGCGGCGGCGGCGGCGACGACGGCAAUGCCGGCGCCGGCGGGGAUCACCGCGGCGGCGGCGGCGGCCGCAGCCCCGGCGUCAACGCCGUCAGCGGCGGCAGCUUCCUCUCUAGCCACAACCCCAAUGCAAUGGGUGAGGUGGUCAAUGUUGAGCUAUCGGGUAUCGCGCACGACCUGUCGGUUGCGGCGCAUGAGGAGCUGCAGCGCGUGCGGGACGGACCGCUGCCGGACGGCACGCAGGACGGGCUGCCCACGCCUGCCGCCACUGCCGCCCGCGAGGCGGCGCUGGCCCGGCUGCGUCGCAAGCCGCGCGAGGUGUCGGCGCACGUGGAGCUGCUGGAGGCGGUGAAGCUGCACCUGGACCGGCUGAUGCGGCGCAGUGCGACGAGCACGACGGACCGGCUUGUGCUGCUGACGGCCAUGGGGGCCAUGCGGGUGAAGCUGCUGGAGAACGAGGCGGAGACGUUCAGGGAGCAAAUCAUCGCGGUGUUCCGCUCCCUGGAGCGCGCCUUCCAAGCCCUCGUGAAGCUGCAGGAGGCGGUGGCCAGCAAGGGCAGCGCCACGGCGGUGGGGCAGCUGGCAGCCAUGCUGCAGGACGUGUCCACCGGUCUCACCACUCUGGCAGCGCAUGCGGCGCUGCGGGACACCGCACCCGUGUCGGCGGCGGCGGCAGCCGGCGGCGGACUGCCGGUGCCGCCGGCGCUGACUCCCGGUGGGCCGCUGGAUGAGGCCCUGCAGCUGCUGAUGCCCUCGCGGGCGCCCUCCCCCACGGCGGUGAUCCGGCCGACGUCGCCGGUGCGGUUGUCGGGACCGGGGAUUAACACGGCGGUGCACAGGCAGCAGGCGGCGGCGGCGCGCGGGGCGGGUGGGGCCGCUGGGGGGGUCAGCGGCGGACGACUGGCUUCGGCCGGGCCGACUGCUUCCUCGCAGCAAGCAUGGUAUCCUCCGGCUCGGGCCACCUCGGCAUCUGGCAGCUCCCCACCUCCCUACAAGGCCACAUCGGGCAACCUGGCAGCGGCGGCGCCGUCAGGAAGUCGAAGCAUCUCCGGUGGCGCACCCACCGUCACCAUAGCAGCCGCUGCUGCUGCCGCCGGUGGCGGUCCCCCCGGCGGAGGCGUCGGACCUGAGGCAACGGGGCCUCCUUCUCCAUCGGCGCUGAACAACUCGGAGCCGCUGUCUCCCCGCAACGGCGCCAGCACAUCUGGCAGGAUGUGGUCGGGUCGGCGGCCGGGCAGCGCUGUUGUACACGGCAUGCAUGUGGCGUACGGCGCCCCGGGGGCGGUUGGCGCCGUCAGUCGGCCGCUGGGGCCGGCGCCGGUCAGCGUCAGCAGCAGCAGUGGGGUGCCGGGGGCACUGCCCUCCAUCGCGCCUGCGGGAUCCCCACGUGUGCGGUGAACAGCGGGACUCGAGGGGGGUGCAUGCGGGGUGCUAGGGUGGCAGCUGACAGGGCAGGUGUAGGACUGUAGUGUCUGUGAGGUGCAAGGUCGUACUUAUGCACACAGUAUUGUGUAGGGAUGAGGAUUGUGCGCGCAUUUUAGGUAAUGGGAUACGGUGUCGACAUGAGCACGUGACAGCUGUGAGAGGGGCAAUCAUCUGGAAGCAUACAUCUAUUUCGCGUUCGUGACGUUGACCUGGGUGUUGAUGAUGAGGAAUUGCAUGGUAAAUUAUUUCCUGCUGCCCGUAUGAUGUGUGACCUUUACCUGGACCUCAAAUGGACCAGAACUGACCCAUGGGUCGGGUUCUUACUUACUUUCAUAUACAGGUAGUUUGUCCCCUAAAUGCCACAAUGUCCCAGUGGAUAGUGUAGGAAAAUGGACGCAAACAUAUCACGCGUGCGGUCGGGUGCAUUGCGAAUUGACGCUCUCCUUGUCAGUCAGGUUGGCUUGUUCAGACUACGCAUACCGGUAUCGGCAUAGGUGCUUGUACCGUACAAGUUGUACGCGUCUCUGUUUUUAGCAAGGAGCAGGUUCCUUUGCGCGAGUGGCCCUCAUAAUCAAACAUGUUCGGCCCUGCGCUGUUGAAAUGCUUGAGGAGCUCCUCGAGGAGCACCUCAAUCGUGUUUGAGCCCAGGGCACACGCUCGUGAAGUUGCUGGUUGCCCUGUCCUCAUAUCAGAAACUGAUCGGGAGGGCGACGGUGGCAUGGGGUUCAGUGCAAUGCCGUGUGGCAUUGAGGUCUAAGCGGCGAUGUUGCCGACAGUUGUGUACUGCCGUACACUGUGCGACACAACCUAAUGGCAACAGGUUUGAGACGAGUCGCACAUGAGUACCGUAUGUUCGGGCUCUCAUGGACGUCCUGGGCUGCGGUCAGCCCACAGGCUUGCCCCUGUUGUGUAAGACCUCCUGCUUCAGAAUGCAGCUGCUGCGGCCCCGGGCAAUGGCCCCGUGCCUCGUCUUUCCUGACAGUGUCGCUACUCCAGCAAUCCGCCAGCUGCCAUGCGAGGGGGGCUGCAUUGAUGUAGUGUGGAACUCCCUACAUGGCUAAUCCAUGGGGGCAUGUGCUGGACGCGACGGUUGCGUACGGCUUUGCUGUACGCAAUCUCUUUCAAGGGUUUGUUUGGCGGCGAUCUUGGCAUUUUAAGUUUGCGUUAUAUAUAUAGCAGAUUACCACUGUGACAUCAAUAGCUUCACUACGCCCAAAGUUUUCGUCACCAGACCAGCUGAGUAAAGUGGGGGUAGUACGGCAGCCGCAUCUAUGUUCGUAUCCGGUUACGCAUGAAGUCGGUAACGGUGCAGGAGUCGCACGACAAGUAAUUAUCUUCUAGUGCUUAGCGUGGAAUCGGGCCUCUUUUUCGCAAAGAAUGAAAAGGGUUACUGUAUCUUAAAGCUACAAUACGCGGUGUUGCCCGUACAGGGACGGGCCAGGGACAAGGCCAGGAACGGGCCAGGGACAAGGCCAGGGAACACGCCUUGGACGGGCUAGCUGCUCCAAUUUCGCGACCUACUACUUGACCUAAAUACUACAUGACCUUAUGCGUCACAUAUUACUGGACACUCGCCGUACAUUGCCGACCGGCCACUGUAACCUUUCACGAGUCA